AUGACGACAGCUCGUCCUGCGGCUGCCACGACGGACGCGCUCUUCCGAUGGAUCGAAGAGCGCGAGCGCGAGCACUGCUCGAGCUUUGGCAACGCUUGGGGCCGCGUUCUUGACGCUGGUACAGGUCGCCACUCGCUCACGUGGCUUCUGCGCGGCACCGCUACGCCUGAUCGGAUCACGGACGUCGUCGCUGUGACGGGGGAAACUCCUUUGGCCAAUGACCUCACGGCUGCUUUCGACAAGGAGAGCACGCGCCUAACGGUCCGGGUGGGCAAUUGGCAAGACGCCACGUUUCUGGCCAAGGAGCAGACGUUCGACGUCAUUAUUGCCGACUACCUCGUGGGAGCAAUGGAAGGCUUUGCGCCCUACUACCAAGACGAGAUCUGUGCUCGACUCGAGGAGCUAUUGACGCCAGGAGGCAGGAUCUAUCUGGUGGGACUGCAGCCAUUGAGCGAAUCUCAAGCGCCAGCAGACGGCAGCAACAACGACCUCGAGCUUCUCGAAACGGGAAAGCUGAUCCAGGAGGUGGCACGGACGCGAGACGCGUGCUUGCUGCUUGCCGGGCGUCGCGUGUACCGCGAGUUUCCCAUCGAGUGGUCGCAGCGUCAGCUCGAGAAGGCAGGAAUGGCCGUCACCGAUAGCGUCCGUUUCGUGAAUGUGUACACGCGCGCCGGUAUCACGCGUCAGCUGGAGGUGGGAAGACGGUACGUACCGCUGCUCAAGGACACUGCACUACGCGACCACUUAUUCCAAGCACUCGACCGUCUGGACCAACGGAUCGAAGAGAAGUUCGGGUCAGCGAAUGCCGCACACGACGAGCAGCGCAAGAUACGCUUUGGGUUCGACUAUGUCGUAGCUGCUCGCAAGGCGACGAUUCCUCGAGCUGGGGCUGGCACGUCGAAAGGGGAACCCGACGUGCAGUAG